GUCCAUCUGGCCGGAUGUGCGAUUCUCUCUCGGAUUUUCUCCCCGAAUUACGUUACGGCUUAGCUAAUUAGAGCGAAGGCGAUAUCGAAAUCUCGUUCUCCUCCUCGACGAGGAUUCGCAUUCGCGAUUCGCUCGCGCGAUCGGGAACACUCCGACUCCGACUCUGAUUUCACUCGGACGGGUGAAGUUGACAGCUUCUUAUUGCGUGUUAUUCACUCUCGAUAUAUAUCGCAAAAAGUACGAGAAAAAUGUUUACGCGGUGAAGUGAUGCGUUGUUUGUUAUCGAUACUCGAGAUCGAGAUAGAUUUCAACGUGAAUUUAGCCAAUUAAUCGUCUGAAGUUUCGCUCGAUUUGUCAAAGAUGGGCAACGGGAGCUCGAAAGAUAAUCAUCAUCAAUCAGCAUCAAAACAGAAUGAACCAAAGCAGUAGUCGUUCCGACUGCAGCAAGAGCAAAACGUCAAGCAUGUCGAGCGUGGAGCGCGAUCAGCUGGGCCAACGAGGAAGCGGCGACUCGUUCUGCGCCGGUCUUUUGCGCGGCCUCGACCAUAUCAGGGACCCGCAGUUGAACAAGGGUAUGGCGUUCACCAUCGAGGAAAGACAGAUGCUUGGUAUACAUGGUCUUCUACCGGCAGCUGUGAAAAGCCAAGAUGAGCAGCUGGAGCUCUGUCGUCUCAAUCUGGAACGUUACACGGACGAUCUCUCGAAAUACAUAUAUCUCAUAGGCCUACUGGACAGAAACGAGAAACUCUUCUACCGUUUGUUGGCAGAGGACGUAGGUAAAAUGAUGCCCCUGGUGUACACGCCAACUGUAGGUCUAGCCUGUCAGAAGUUCGGUCUGAUCUAUCGCAGGCCCCGUGGUCUCUUCGUGAGCAUCCACGAUCGAGGUCACGUCUACGAUGUUCUGAAAAACUGGCCCGAACACGACAUACGAGCGAUCGUCGUCACGGACGGCGAGAGAAUACUGGGAUUGGGUGAUCUGGGUGCACAUGGGAUGGGUAUCCCAAUUGGGAAACUGUCAUUGUACACCGCAUUGGCUGGCAUCAAACCUCAUCAGUGUCUGCCUAUUACCCUGGACGUUGGUACUAAUACUCAGUCGUUACUGGACGAUCCUCUGUAUAUUGGUCAUAGACACAGACGCGUCACCGGACAAGAAUACGACGACUUCCUGGACGAAUUCAUGGAGUCUGUCGUGAGACGAUACGGUCCAAACACGUUGAUCCAGUUCGAGGACUUUGGGAACGCUAACGCGUUCAGACUGCUCCAGAAAUAUCGCAAUGAUUAUUGUACCUUCAACGACGAUAUCCAGGGCACCGCUUCUGUCGCAGUCGCUGGAUUAUUGGCGUCGCUCCGUGUCACGCAAACAAAACUCUCGGAGAACACGAUCGUGUUUCAGGGUGCCGGAGAGGCGUCAUUAGGUAUUGCAGCAUUGUGCGUCAUGGCGAUGCUGAAGGAAGGAGUGACCGAGGAGGAAGCUAAGAGUAAAAUCUGGAUGGUGGACUCUAAAGGACUCCUGGUGAAAGAUCGUCCAAAGGGCGGACUGACGGAGCAUAAAUUGCAUUUUGCUCGUGACGAUCAACCAAUCGACACCCUGUUGGACGUUGUCAAGGCUGCCAAACCGUCGGUUCUCAUCGGCGCAGCUGCUGUCCGGGGUGCUUUCACGGAGGAAAUAUUGAGGGAGAUGGCACGAAACAACGAAACCCCCAUCAUCUUCGCUCUGAGUAAUCCAACGAGCAAGGCGGAAUGUACUGCUGAAGAAGCGUACAUUGCUACGGAGGGGAGAUGCAUAUUUGCGAGUGGCUCGCCUUUCGCGCCGGUGACGUACAACAAUAAGACCUUCCAUCCCGGUCAGGGUAACAACAGUUACAUCUUCCCUGGAAUCGCGCUGGCCGUGAUAUGCGCCGGUAUGCGCACCAUUCCCGAAGAAACCUUCCUCAUCGCCGCGUCGACUCUUGCCGAAAUGGUAACGCAAACGGACCUGGACAAUGGAACUCUUUAUCCGCCGCUGAAUGACAUACAGCAAUGUUCGUUGAACAUAGCGUGCGCGCUCAUGAAAUAUGCCUACGAUAACUGCAUCGCGUCCGUCCAUCCGCAGCCUAAAGAUUGCGAGAGCUUCAUCAAGGCACAAUUGUACGAUACGAGCUAUAAAUCGUCUGUACCACCAGUUUAUUCGUGGCCUAAGCUAUAAACCUUCGUUAAUUGGAUGAAGAUUUAUUUUUUACACACCGAUUACUUUGGGUCCACGAAAAAGACUUCACACAAACGUUCCCAGGGAAACGAAUUCUACUUGUGUCCCUAAAGCCUGUUGAUCGGGCUUAUUUUAUUUCAAGUAUCGCGUACUAGUAGAAUAUAUUAUUAAUUUAUAACAAAAAAAAGUUACGCAAAAGUCGCAACGAUAAACUCGAGUUUUAAAAAGUGAAGCAACAUUAUUUAAAGGUAUAAAUGUACAAGAUGUAUAAGAGUUGAUUUGCUGGUUGAACAAAUAAAAUAUCGACGCUGGUUUGAAA